AUACGUAUUUCUUUGUCAUCUGUAAUUAGUAACAAAUUCUUUUAAUUUAUCGCAAGUUGGUAAUUGUUGUACCACGUGUACAGAGGAGUUUCUUUUUCUUUUCUUUUUUUUUUAUUAAUAAGAAAGUGAGCGAGAGAGAGAGAGAGAGAGGGAAAGAGAGAACGAGAGCAAGAGAGGGAGGGGAUGGGAUGAGUGAACGUGUCGCGACAUUUGAUCGUAAUGAUCAUAAUAUGGCGUAAAGUGUAUUUCAUAAUUAAACUGUCAUGUGUACGUGUAUAUUAGAAAGUAUAAGCAAAGCGAUAUUGAAAAUUUGAGAUUAUUACAAUAAAGAAAAUCUCAUAGUAGGAAAACGUAAAAAAUUUGAGGAUGCGAUGCCCGCACGUAGACGAUACGUUGGUUACGAGUCAGAAAAUGAUUUUGUGAUUACAAACUCAAACAGUGAACGGCGAAAUAUUGACACGAAACAACAAUAUUACGAUGAAACUCGUAAUGUCGGUGGUUUAGAGGAAAAACAUUUUGAGCAACGUGAUAUAUCACCAUCACCACCAAUAACUAUGACGGCACGCGAUAGAACUAAUGAAUUUAUUAAUGCUAUAAGAACAAUGCAGGAUAAAACAGUCGUUAGAACGACUAAUCAGCAUAAUCCAAGAAGGGCUAGACAAAUGCAAAGUUAUUCCAAUUUUAUGAUGGUCGCUAAGAGUAUCGGAAAGAACAUUGCAAACACUUAUACCAAAUUGGAGAAACUUGCUCUAUUGGCCAAAAAGAAAUCUAUAUUCAACGACAGACAAAUGGAAAUCGAAGAAUUAACAAAUAUUAUAAAGACGGAUUUAAAAAGUUUGAAUCAUCAAAUAGGCAAGUUACAAGAUAUAGGAAAAAUUCAACGAGAAAGUUUCUCCUCUACUCAAGGGAAUCAUAUUGCUUCUCACUCUUCAUCUAUAGUGAUGGCCCUACAAUCAAAACUUGCAAAUAUGUCCAAUCAUUUUAAAAGUGUUCUGGAAGUUCGUUCUGAGAAUAUGAGAGAGGAACAAACAAGAAGACAACAAUUUUCACAAGGAUCUGUAUCCACCAUGUUACCUCCCAGCGUAGUUUCCGGGAGACAAGGUUCCUUGUUACUUCAAGAACAAGAAUCUAAUUCUUCGGUUGCAAUAGACCUUGAACCAGCAAUGAGUCAAUUGUCAAUGCAACAAGUUUUACAAGACGAUACGGAUACAUAUGUGCAGUCACGUGCAGAGACCAUGCAGAAUAUAGAAUCGACAAUAGUCGAACUGGGUGGUAUUUUCCAGCAACUGGCUCAUAUGGUUAAAGAACAGGAGGAGAUGGUAGAAAGAAUAGAUAGCAAUAUAGAAGAGACUGAAUUAAAUGUGGAAGCUGCGCAUGUUGAAAUAUUAAGAUAUUUCCAAUCGGUGACAAAUAAUAGAUGGUUGAUGAUUAAGAUAUUUGCUGUCCUCAUAUUUUUCUUUAUCUUUUUUGUAGUAUUUUUGGCAUAAGAUUAUUUCGAAUUUAAGUAUAUCUGUUUACAUUUAUGUUAUGUUACCGUUCAUCAUUAUUUUACUAUUAUCCAUAUUCAGUAUUUGUGAUAUAUAAAGUAAAUAUAAUUCCAAGAAAAAUAUAAUUUUUACGGGACACGUAUCACGUAAAACUGUAGGAACACUCAACUGCAUUCCUUAAUACUUCCACUAAAUUAUUGAUUAUUAUUGCUGUAUAAAGGAGGAUUUCUGAUAUUGGAAAAUAAAUAAAUAAUUUUUAAAGCUUA